ACUCAGCCGUAAAUUCCAGUGUAGUCGCAAAUAUGUCCACCUGUUACUCAGCAAACCAAUAUGACGACGCCUUCAGGCCAAAGAGGCUACAGAACUGGUGUCAGGCGAAGCAAGUCAACAAGUCACCCAGACCACUAAAGGGCCACACCACCUUUGUUGCAGACAACAGAGGACAUCUUAUUCCUGGAAUGGUUAAGAAAGGCAGUGCUUGGCCCGACUUUAAAGGGACCUGGGAUCUACCGGCUCGUAUUCCAGCUCAGAACAUCAACCCGACCAGCCGCUCUGUGGAAGGUAUGAACAGGCUGAAGACCUGGGGCAUAGACCCUCAGCACACUGGCAAGUCUGGGCCGCUAGGAGGCAGCAAAAACACAGAUGGACCUCAGGGUGCUGGCUGGCGGAGAUCGAGGACUGACGUCUCUGCCGCCUUGUCUACAAACCUCCCGGUUACUGCAGACCACAAAUAUGGCCGACAGAAGCAGGUCACGCUCGUUGAUCGUGCAUCGUCCGUCGCCAAAGGGCAGACUGCUGUGGCUUCUGUGAUGAGCGCACAGAGCCAGAGCGAGUCCACCUUGUGCUCUGAGGCCGUCAGCACGAGACCCAACACCGGGAGCAUCGACCAAUUCAACAUAUCCAAAACGAAGGACAUGAUUAUUGAUUUUAGAACCCACACCAGUGCCAAACCUUCCACAGUCAUCAAAGGUCAGCCUGUAGGCUGUGUGGACAGCUACAAAUACCUUGGCACGGUCAUAGACUCAAAGCUGACCUUCGAGAUGAACUGCGAGGCGGUGUGUAAAAAGGAAACCGACGUCUUUAUUGCCUGA